GGUAACAGUGAAUUUAUGUUGCAGAUUCUACUGGGAUCUUUGUAUGCUGUUUUUGCUGGUGGCCAACCUCAUCAUCCUGCCUGUGGCCAUCUCAUUCUUCAACGACGACCUCUCCACACGCUGGAUCGCCUUCAACUGCCUCUCUGACACAAUAUUUCUCAUAGACAUUGUUGUCAAUUUUAGAACGGGUAUUAUGCAGCAAGAUAACUCUGAGCAAGUGAUACUCGAUCCUAAGUUGAUUGCAAAACACUAUCUUAAAACAUGGUUCUUCCUGGACCUCAUCUCCUCAGUGCCACUAGACUACAUCUUCCUCAUAUUCAAUCAGUACCGAGACAAAGAGGAUUUCAGUGAAAGUUUCCAGAUCCUUCACGCGGGUCGGGCGCUGCGCAUCCUGCGACUGGCCAAGCUCCUCUCCCUGGUUCGCCUCCUGCGCCUCUCCCGCCUCGUACGAUAUGUGUCGCAGUGGGAGGAGGUCUAUAUCCUUAAGAACCACCGCAAAAAGCACAGUGAGAGACGGAGUCCAGCUGCUGGCUCAGAUGCACUGAACAGACGUAAAAGGAAGCCGUACAAUGUUUACAAUAUUCCAUUUUUUAAGUUCCUCAACAUGGCGUCCGUCUUCAUGCGUAUCUUCAACCUUAUCUCCAUGAUGCUUCUCAUCGGUCACUGGUCAGGGUGUCUGCAGUUCUUGGUGCCCAUGCUGCAGGGAUUCCCUUCCAACUCCUGGGUGGCGAUCAACGAGCUCCAGAACUCGUACUGGCUGGAACAGUACUCGUGGGCUUUCUUCAAGGCUAUGUCGCACAUGCUUUGCAUCGGAUACGGUCGUUUUCCCCCGCAGAACCUGACUGAUCUGUGGCUCACUAUGAUCUCCAUGAUCUCUGGUGCCACCUGCUACGCUCUUUUCAUCGGUCACGCAACCAACCUCAUCCAGUCACUGGACUCUUCCCGGCGCCAGUACCGCGAGCGGCUGAAGCAGGUGGAGGAGUACAUGGCGUACCGCAAGCUGCCGCGUGAGCUGCGCACCAGGAUCACAGAGUACUUCGAACACCGCUACCAGGGCAAGUUCUUCGACGAAGAAAUGAUCCUGGGAGAACUAUCGGAGAAACUCCGUGAGGACGUGAUAAACUUCAACUGCAGGGCCUUAGUUGCUUCCGUGCCAUUUUUUGCCAAUGCCGAUGCACGCUUUGUGACCGACGUGGUUACCAAGCUGCGAUACGAGGUGUACCAACCAGGUGACAUUAUCAUCAAGGAAGGUACCAUUGGAAACAAGAUGUACUUCAUUCAGGAGGGUAUUGUCGAUAUCGUCAUGUCCAAUGGAGAUGUGGCAACAUCACUCAGUGAUGGGUCCUACUUUGGCGAAAUCUGUCUGCUCACCAAUGCCAGACGAACAGCAUCCGUGCGAGCUGAGACUUAUUGCAACCUCUUCAGCCUUAGUGUGGAACAUUUCAAUACUGUUCUGGAUUCAUAUCCCCUCAUGCGACGGACUAUGGAGAGUGUGGCAGCAGAAAGGUUAAACAAGAUUGGCAAGAAUCCAUCAAUUGUUAGUAAUCGGGAAGAUCUGACCAAUGACUGUAAAACUGUGAAUGCUAUUGUCACUGCAUUAGCUUCAGUGGCAUCAACUGAGCAGUGUGAUGGAGGCACUAGUUCAGAGGAGUCAAUGAUGGGGCAGGAUGCCUCCAGUAUUAAAGGCCGUCACCAUCAACACAACCUCCUUGAUCUCGGCUCUAUAGGAAAAGCUCUUGCAAAAGGACAUUUGCCUAGACCGAAAAGUGAGAAUAACUUUGCCCUGUCACUAGACAUGCCCUCUCCCCUAAACCGCAACCGCCCUUCAUUCCACAAGUCCGACACUUUCCAUAAAGACACUUCGUUUCAAUAGCAGGUGGCCCCCGCCCAUGCACUUGUGCUGGUGGGCGCGACGGCUGACCUAUUUUGUACUAUAAUGAAACACGGGGAGAGACCGAGUGACCUGCAUCAACCGCAUAUAAGCAAAACAAACUUCCAGGCACACAGUGAACAAUCUUUGUGAUUUGUAAUUAUAGUGAAUAAUGUAGGUAACAAAUUGCUAGUUAAUUUAUUAGGUGCUCAAAAAAAUGAGAACCUCUGCUGAUGAGUAGUUUGUUGGUAUUGUCCCUCAGUGCAUAACGAGGACAUGCACACGGAUAACAGGUCAACAAUCACGACAAGCUUCUGCCACACCUGAAAUAACAAUAAAAAAGGUACUGUUGUUGUGUUGUUAUUGCUUCAAAUGAUUAUCUGUUAUUAUGAGAAGGUGCCAAAGUCCAAGGAGAUCUGGCAUUUUGAGUGGCAGUCAAGUCUAUGUUCCUGACAAACAUCUUUAAAAAAUAAAAGGAGAAAAGCAAUAAUGUAAUCAAAGCACAUUUUUGUUCAGUGAAGACAAGGCAUGACAUGGGCACAACAUAUCUGAAUGGGGUGAUGUGUGUUAUUACUAUGUUAAUGUUUUUUAAAGUUUUACAUAUGAAAAACUUGAGUGUUUGAAUGGCUUUGGGCAUAAUAGUCUUAAGCGUGUACUUGUUGUAAACGGGAUAUUUUAUAUGAGAGUGUGUUACCAAAUCUAGUCAUAAGGUCCCUGCACUUGGCUGUGUGUGCCCAUGUGUGGUACCUGUGUGUGCUGUGUAGUGCCCAUGUAUGCUGUACAGAGUUUAUAUACUCAAUAAAAAGCUCUUUGAGCUGGUUGAUGUUGAACAGAGCUCAUAAACUAAUAAUGAGGUCAUUUAUGCUUUACAGAAUUCCAAAUCUAUAAGGAGCUCAAUUAUGCUAUAUAGAGCUAUAUACAGUAUAGCUCAUAUACAUAAUAGAGCUCUUAUAGGCAGCACAAGACCCAUGAAUAGUUUAAGAAACUCUUAUUUACAGUACAGUAUAAAGCUCAUGUAUCCAAUACUGAGCUCUUGUAUGGUGUACAAACCUCAUGUUUUCUGUAUAAAAAAGAUUUGUAUGCCAUAUGGAGCUCAGUGUUUAAUGCAAAUGAACAUGUAUGCCUUGAUAAUGUGAAGGACAAGGUGAGUCAGGAACAGUAGACAGCUAGACGCUGGAGUAAGCUGCUUCUUGUCAUGGGGGCCAACCACCCCUACUGUGAUUGACGCAACAAUUCACCUCACCAUCUUACCGCUAACACCACUGAUAUUCCUUUGGACACUUGUACAACACUCUCGCUCUACACAGACGGAGGAAAAUAAAAACAACUACCAAUAUUCCUAACCCCACAAUAUAUAAUAAAGUUGAAAUAUAGUUUUUAAUGUUAUAGAGAUAUUUUCAAAAUCUCUUAUGUUUUCCUACCACUUAUUCUUUGUAUUUCUAAUAACUAUUGUACAUACGAAAACGUUUUCUACUGUGUAUAUAAAUGCAUAAUGGUAAAGUACUCUUGCAUCAGGGAUUGUUAGCAAAUAUUGGUAAAUAACACUUGUGUAAAGUUGUACAAGCUAGUUGUUCAGUGGUGCAGGCGAUCUCAUCCUCCAUUGUACCAGACACAUCUUCAGUGAUUCAUGCCCAUCAUCUCAUAGUCAUGCCAAGUCAGAGUUUAUUUUCGCUCGUCAGUGAGGAUAGUAAAAAUAUGCAAUAAUUAAUGUCCACAUGUAGAACCAUAAGCUCAACUAGGGGCCCCUAGGACAGUACAGUAGUGCUAAUUUUGACAUUGCUUUCUAGCUUUAGACCAAAGCUCACAUCUUGCAACCACACCAGGAAAAAACAAGCAAGCACUCAAGAAGUUGUGCAGAAAUACCAUAGACUCCUUGCAAAAGUGCUUCUUGUAGGUUACCUCGUUGAAGUUAUGUUUUGUGUGUGAGUGAGUGUAAUAGUGAAUAGCCAGUGCGACACCACCAUCUUUUUUUUUUUCCGCAGAAGCCCAAACCUUCAAGUAGGACCAAGAAAGCAAUGUGAAAAUAUUCCUUUUGUUUUGGUCUCACUUGCCAGUGUAGUGACUCACGUAGUCGAAGUGCCUCAAGUACUGCUGCUGUAGAGAUUAAUCUGCAAGAACUGAGCAUCCUCUCCUCAGCCUCUUAUAAGUCAUGCUACUGGCAGAUUGGGUUAGACUUUCCAUGGCAACCAUCUAAUGAAUUCAUCUUUUCACUUGGUAACCUUUAUCCUCAAGGUUUAAUUUCAUUAUUUUUUCCAUAGGUGCUCUUGGGUUGUAGUAGGGCAGAUACAAUUAUUUUCAUUUUUUGGUCUGUCAUGGAUAUUCUGCCUAAUUAGAUAUUGCACAUUGUUUUAGGUGAAAGUGACAAAAUAUUGAAAUUUAUAAAUUUGUUAAAUACAUGCUACUUUACUUUGUUAGAUAAGCAUGUAAUGGAUACUUAUUUUAAAAUGUUAGAUAUUUCACAAAAAAUGUUGGUUAAAGUUUAGGCCAUGCUAAGCUAUCCUUCCAUUUUUUUAUAUUACAGUAUUCAUAUAACUGUAUCGACAGGUACUGCUCCAGCUCCCCAAAAGCAGUAAUAAGCUUACUACAAGCAUAAUAGACUUGCAUAAUGUACAACUGCAUAAGAAUAUUAUAGGGUUAUAUUUGCAAACUUUUUUCUGGACAACGUUGAUAUUUUUUUUUGUCCGCAUCUGUUCUGGGAAGCACUAAGUUAAGGACAAGAUAAUUAACAUGACCAAGUUUUCAUAUACUGUACAUCUAUGAUCAAAGUUACUUUAAUAAAAUUUUAACAAAUUUCAUUUGUAAAUUAUGUAUCAAUGCCAUUUUAAAUCUGUUUUUAAAAUAUUACCGUUAAUAUGUAAAGCCAUUUUAUGUUGAGAAUUACAAAUUUCCAUAUGUCAAACAUUUUUCUACCUGAUAAGACCUUGUCCUUAGGUCCAGUGUUACCAAUGAUAUAAUGUAGUUGUUUCUCCUCCGACUUUUGUCCAUGACGUUUGCUCGAUAAGAAAUUAUCCAGGUCAUACCUCACUAUUUUUUUAUUAUGCCUUUUAUCAGAAGCCAGUUGGAAACAAUGUACAUAAUAGUGACAAAUUUAGUUUGUAAAUCGCUCUUGUAAAACAGAAUAAACAAAAGCGUUAUCUUUGUUCAAGCAAACACUUUGCCUUCAUUGUUGUAAAUUCCUUGGGAAUACAUAAAGGGCCUCAUCCCAAAUACUGUCGGUUUGAUGGAUAAUUAUUUCAAUUUUAAAUCCUCUGAUAAUUGAACAAGGUAACUUAUGUCUUUUCUAUGAUUAUAUCUUAUUUUUAAUGCUACCUUAUGUGCUAGCAUAUUGCUAGCUUAUGUAAAUAAUUUAAAUUAUGCAGAGGUUAUUAGUUAUUACUUGUUUUACUUAUACCUUCCCUUAUUAAUUUAAUAAGAACAAUUGACAAGGGUCUUGGCAAGAGGCGUGGAGGUAAAAGAUAAAGAAUCACACAUAAAGUGGGAGUUGUCACAGCUGCUCUUUGCUGAUGACACUGUGCUCUUGGGAGAUUCUGAAGAGAAGUUGCAGAGAUUGGUGGAUGAAUUUGGUAGGGUGUGCAAAAGAAGAAAAUUAAAGGUGAAUACAGGAAAGAGUAAGGUUAUGAGGAUAACAAAAAGAUUAGGUGAUGAAAGAUUGGAUAUCAGAUUGGAGGGAGAGAGUAUGGAGGAGGUGAACGUAUUCAGAUAUUUGGGAGUGGAAGUGUCAGCGGAUGGGUCUAUGAAAGAUGAGGUGAAUCAUAGAAUUGAUGAGGGAAAAAGAGUGAGUGGUGCACUUAGGAGUCUGUGGAGACAAAGAACUUUGUCCUUGGAGGCA